AUGCCGGAUGGAACGGCGCAGAAUGACGCCGCAUCAGAUUGUCUGGACUGGAGCAUCGCUAUCGCCGCUCCUGCCGCUCGAUCUGACUGGCAAACCAUGGAUUCCAACUCCAUGGCUAGCCUCUUUGCUCAGAUGGCCCGCGACGGCGAGGUCAUCCUCCAAACUCCAGCCGACUCCACCUCUACCCAAGGUGAAAGUCUACUUGAUAAAAUCCUUGACGGUGAUGAGGACUUGGAGAGCCUCAAAGACGCCAGCCCGGCCUUGUGGGGCCGAACCACCGACGGUGACGAAUACACCGGCCCCUCCUCCGGCAUCUCCACAGUUUCCGACCUCGGUCUGAACUGGAUUCGAGAUAAAGUCCCCGACUCGAACCUCCUUUGUGAGACAAUUCAGGACAUACGAAACGCCAUUCUCGUCCAUAUUCGCCAGCCGAAGUGCAUCACGCAAGACUUGCCACUCGCGCUAUCAACAUCUCAUCGGAUUCUAGACAUUCCUCGGCCGCAGCUGCUUGAGUAUAUCGAUGCCUAUUUCACGGAGGUUCAAGUCGUCUUCCCCAUCCUGGACCGGGAUACCUUUGACUCUCAGCUGACUGAAAUGGGAGAUGGUUCUGAUGUUGUUCAAAAGCCGUCUUGGUUAGCACUGUUGAACGUCGUGGUAGCUUCGGGGCUUCGAGCCUCACUCUCCGAUGAGACUUCCGAGGCUUUUCGAACAUCUGUUUCUGAGGCAUGGGGAUACUUCCGAUCAGCUCUAUCCUACGAGUCCCAGAUUGUUCACGGCGCCACCGACCUACUAGCUGUGCAAGCAGUGGCUUUGAUGGCCGUCUUCGCACAAGGGCUGUCCAGUCCCCAGAGGCUCGAAUAUACUCUCUCCUCGGUCGCUUUACGGUUAGCCCAGAGCAUUGGGCUCAACUGCGCCUCGCCUCCCGAAUGGAGUCUCUCUGAUGUCGAGAAGAAGGAGCGCAACCGUGUCUUCUGGGCAGUCUAUUGUCUGGACAAAUCAAUUGCCUUACGCUGUGGUCGACCUGCGGUCAUUUGCGACGAAGAAAUCAGCUGUCCUUUCCCGCGAGGAAUCGACUUGGCCCAUCCGGGUUCAGCAACCAACGUCACAGAGAUAGGCGAGGAAGAGUUGGACGUCGACUUUUUCCGAUACUUCACAAAGCUUGCGCGUAUUGGUGGUGACAUAUCCCGGUCCUUGUAUUCUGCGAGCGCUCUCUUCAUGCCAAUAUCUCGGCUAGUGCCAGCAUUAAAUCGCUUGCUGCAGGAAUUGGAGAGGUGGCUGAAAUCUAUUCCUAUUAAGGUCCGGCCUGGUAGGCCACUUGGUAAAAUCCUCGGGAGACAGGGGGUAUCACGGGUACAAAUCAUUGUUCUACAUUCAUCCUACUACUACGCGUUGUGCUCUAUUUUCAGACGCGGAUCACCCAUGUUCAAUCAAGGAAAAACAGAUGUGGAACAUCUUAUCGAUGGAAAGUCUCAUAUAUCGCACAUAGAGGCCGCAAGGUCCAUUGUCUUGCUCACGAAGCACCUGGAUAUCGAGAGCUUCACUCCGGCAUGGCUCGUCUUCUACUAUCCAUUCACAGCCUUGACCACAAUCUUCGUCCAUGUGGUGUCCAACCCACAUGAUAGCCGUAACCAGAGCGACAUAGCCCUCAUGGAAACAGUCGUUGGGUUCUUUGGACGCCUCGAGUACGUCACAUCCGGCGAAGCUGCCUUUACAAAGACAACAGAAUUUGUCCGACAGGCCCGGAGAGUUGUCGACAGUUAUAAGAACAAGGGCGAUAGCCGAAAUAUUCAGAGCACAACGAGUUAUGAGGAUCUCAUGACAUCUAUGGAGAUUUCCCUGCAGGGUGAUGCCUCUACGCAGGGUAGGCCAGCAGAGGUGACGGGUGUCUAUGCACGCAAUUCAAUCACUGCUAGCCAAGGCAUCAGUGCAUUCAAUACCACGGGCACUAGUUUGCUUCCCCUGGCCAAAUCUUCGCGAAUGGAGGCCGUUAGCGAAGAGGACCAUCCUGUGUCUGGCGUUCCGAACGUUCGAGAGAUAGAAAUUUCGCAAAAUGGCCAUACGAUCUACUCCGACCUCGCUGGUUUUACGGUACCCAACAUGGAAGACUCAAUCCAAGUCCAGUGGUAG